AUGGCGGCCGCGGCCGGGGAGGCAGCGGGAGGCGGCGGCGGCUCCCCGUCCUCCGCCCGGCGGCGGCUGCGCAUCAUCUCCGGGCACCUGCGGGGCGCCCCGCGGGCCCCGGGGCGGGGAGCGCUCUCCCCGAGCCCCUGCAAGGCGCAGGGCGCCUCCGCCGGGCCGGCCUCCGGCUCCAUCCCGAAGAAGCGGCAAGAACUUUUGAAGUGGAAUGGAUGGGGAUAUAAUGACUCCAAAUUCAUCUUCAAUAAGAAGGGUCAAGCAGAAUUCACAGGAAAAAGGUACAGAUUAGGUGGUAUGAUAUUACCAACUUUUAAGGAAUGGAUAGAAAAAACCUUUGGAGCAAGUCUGGAGCACAAAACUACCUCUAGAGCAUCCUUAAAUGUUAACGAUGUACCUCCACCCAUUGUAAAUGAAGAAUUUCUUCAGGAUCUUAUAGCCACUAAAAUCUCAUAUUCCCAGGAUGCAGAAGAUAGGGUAUUCAGAGCUCAUGGUCACUGCCUACAUGAGAUAUUUGUACUCAGGGAAGGAAUGUUUAAGCGAAUUCCUGAUAUAGUUGUAUGGCCUGUUUGCCAUGAAGACGUAGUUAAAAUUGUGGAAUUAGCCUGCAAACACAAUCUCUGCAUAAUACCAUUUGGUGGAGGGACAAGUGUCUCCAGUGCCCUUGAAUGUCCUGAAGAAGAAAAAAGAACAAUUAUCUCGCUGGAUACAUCACAAAUGAAUCGGAUUCUCUGGAUAGAUGAGAAAAACUUAACUGCUUGUGUAGAAGCUGGCAUUGUUGGACAAGAUCUGGAGAAACAGCUUGCUGAAAGUGGCUUCUGUACAGGCCAUGAACCAGACUCCAUGGAGUUCAGCUCACUAGGAGGAUGGGUAGCAACACGAGCAUCAGGCAUGAAAAAAAACAUCUAUGGAAACAUUGAAGAUCUGGUGAUUCAUAUAAAAAUGGUAACUCCUAGAGGAAUAGUAGAAAAAAACUGUCAAGUACCUCGCAUGUCAACGGGACCUGAUAUCCAUCACUUCAUUAUGGGAUCUGAAGGAACUCUUGGAGUGGUUACUGAAGUUACGAUAAAGAUUCGUCCAGUCCCUGAAUACCAGAAGUAUGGCUCUGUGGUCUUCCCCAACUUUGAACGAGGGGUGGCCUGCUUAAGGGAAGUGGCAAAGCAGAGAUGUGCUCCUGCAUCAAUUCGCCUUGUCGACAACGCACAGUUUCAGUUUGGUCAUGCUCUUAAACCACAAGUUGCUUCCAUUUUUACAUCAUUUUUGGAUGGACUGAAAAAAUUCUACAUCACAAAGUUUAAAGGAUUUGAUCCCAACAUACUGUGUGUAGCUACCUUGCUCUUUGAGGGUGACAGAGAGAAGGUUCUUCAACAUGAAAAACAAGUCUAUGAUAUUGCCACCAAGUUUGGUGGCUUGGCAGCAGGAGAAGAUAAUGGACAGAGAGGAUACAUGCUGACAUUUGUCAUCGCGUACCUUCGGGACUUGGGCCUGGAUUACUAUAUAAUAGGAGAAUCAUUUGAGACAUCUGUUCCUUGGGAUAGGGUUUCGGACCUUUGUAGAAAUGUAAAGGAAAGGAUAGUAAGAGAAUGCAAAGAAAAGGGUGUUCAGUUUGCUCCUCUUUCCACCUGUAGGGUGACACAGACUUAUGAUGCAGGUGCAUGUGUCUACUUCUACUUUGCCUUUAACUACAGAGGAAUUAGUGAUCCUAUUCAUGUCUAUGAACAAAUUGAGAAAUUUCUCUUGAAUUUGGCAAGCAAAGUUUUAUCUACAAGUUCUGAGGCUCCCAUGCUGUUGCGUAGGGCUGCUAGAGAAGAAAUACUUGCCAAUGGAGGAAGUCUUUCACAUCACCAUGGAGUAGGCAAAUUGCGGAAGCGCUGGAUGAAGGAGAGCAUCUCUGAUGUUGGCUUGGGAAUGCUGAGAUCUGUUAAAGAAUAUGUGGACCCCAAUAAUAUCUUUGGAAACAAAAAUCUUUUAUAAAGCCCUGCACAAAUGAUGUACUAAAAAUUAAAAAUUACUGUUGAAAUUCCUCCACUUUCAUUGUAUUGAUAUCCCAGUAAUCAAAUAUAACAUAGAUUAAACUUUAAAAACUAGUAACUUACAUUGAUUUUUUGCUACUCCCUUCCCCCUCCCCCAAUAAAGUGUAAACAUCACUGUUAAUGUUUAUGGACUUUUACUUACAAUGCUCUUAAACAACCCACUGGGCACGAAGUACCAACCAGGAAAUGCAAAUUUAUUUUCCAAGUUUGGUGUAACACAGCUGACAGUAUUUUCAAUGCUGGAUACUGCCAGAUGUUUCUUACUUAAAGAAUCCCCUGCAAGGAGGACAAAGACUGACAACUGUUUUUUCUACAGAAGCAGCUGCUCAACCCAGCCUCUUGCUAAAGGAAAGCUGCUAAGAGACAGAUGAGAGAACACCAAGGAGUACCUCACUGUACUGAAGGAUUAAGUAUGUAACAGACUUGUAACCAGCAAAUACUUAGAGUACAAAUGUAGGCUUUGAUCAAAGAGACAGUGUAAGUCAAAUUACUAAAAACUCAGUAGUCUCUCACUGUAGUACUACUUGAAAAUUAUACACAAUUGAACUGUUCUGAGUUGUAUUUGCAUUGCUGGGAUAAUCUUAAAUUAAUUGUAGGUCAGUCACUAAGUUUUGUACAAUGGACAUUUCUCACUGUAUGUUGAAAACAGGUUUGUAACAAAAUUUUGCGUUCAUCUGUACUUCAGUCCUAGUGUGUAUGGUUUUUGAUCCUGUUUUGUUUGUUUUGCACAGAUGCAAAAUAUCUUUAUCAGCUAAAAAAAAGUUUUGGCUAUUCAAAUGAAACUGCCCAGCACUGUCUUUUGAAACAGUCUCAACAGUUUAAUAAAACACUUAAGUGAACAACCUAAUGUUAUCCUGGAAGUGAGAUUUCCCAUUUAAGUUUUGUACAGUUUCCUAUGGCCUUUAUGAAUCAUUUAUUUACUUCACAAGUAGCAACAAUUUUAAUUGUCCAUUGAACUUUAUGAAAAUUAAAUAUUUUCUUGAUCAGUAUCAUGUGAGAGUAAGCAUUUUUACAUUGAAACUUGAAUAUUAAUCAGUAAAAUAAACUAAAAGAAUUUGUCAGUACUCAUGAUCCAUUUUUAAGGUGGGUUCUUUCUUAAAGCAAAUUAUCCAACUUUUUGAUAAUUAAUGUAAAUGCAUAGGAUAGAAGAAAUACAGACUAUCCUUUGAGGACACUGUCUCUCUAGCCAAGUGCUUCACAGCUCUGUAGUGUCAGUUUGGACACCUUUUGUAUUGGUAGUGCCCUUAAUGAGGAGAAAAAGAUAAAUUGCAUUUUUGUUUUUAAACUAUUUUAGAAUACUGUCUAAUUAGCUCUCAGUUUUGGUAAUAUACCAAAAAGAGUUUAAAGUGCUUGAAAAAAUACUGCAUACCAGACAACUCUGAACUUGUUUAAAGACUAAUUUCAAUGCUAUAAUUAAAAUUACUGAAAAACAUGAACACUCAAAUCAUCACUUUAAAAACGCAUGCUGUCAAGGUAUUUAAACUUUUUUAUGAUCUGCAGGUCAUAAGGCAGAAUGUUCAUGUGAUACUUGCAAUGCAGCUACAUUUAUUUGGAAUGUUCUUUGUCUCACAACAUUUCAGCAUAAAAAUAUAUUAUUUUUUCUCUCCCCCAGAGUUCAUAUUUCAGCAGUAACCAAAACAAUAGGUGUAGUCUCUUUCAGGAAACUGAGCCUUCACACUGUGGUUAAGUGUUCCUUAAGUAAACAAAGGUGUCUCAGCAAAGUGAAUCUGCACAUUUUUGUGCAGGGCGCUCCCUCAUCUCACCUGCUGCACGGUGGUGACCACAGGGCCACAGCUGGUGUCUUGCUGAUGACUUGUAUCUCUCUGAAGUGGAGACCUUUCUAGGAGUUGGUAAAUAUGAAGGGUGUUUAUGUGCCUCAGUGAAAGUUUAGGUCUAACUAUGAAGAAUUAAUUUUGAAGGAAAGUAUGUGAAGCUUUUUUGCAGAAUGACAGCACAAAGAGAAUUAGAACAAGUACUCAUAGCGUAGUUAAUACUGGUCUCUUAAGAUUUUGACUAAAGUACAACACAGCUCUUCAAUAUCCUUCCCAUUUUUUAAUUUUCUCACUAUGGUUUGCUCAUCCCUUUUUUGUAUUGAAUGUACACAGGUAAAAACUCCUUAUACUCUCUAACCUUUAAAUAGACAUGACUUCUGAAGUGAUUUAAAAUGCAGUAAAGAUUUUUACUGUAUGUCAAUUGUCAUAUGGGAAAGUGAAAUAACAGGCUAUAAGGGUCCCAAAGCACUGUCACUGGAUAGCUCUGAGAAAAAGAUUAACUACAAAUGUAAUGGAUAUUUUUUUCUACUGGCUGCCCUAUUACUGUCUUCCUGAGUAUUUCUCUGUCUUAUGAACCAGUCAGAGCUUAGUGAAACUACAGUUGAAACUUAUGUAUUACUGUCUUUAACUUCACUUUUAAAUUCCUAGUGAGAGUAGAAAAAAAUGUAAUGCAAUUUCAGAAGGCCUAGAUAUACACAGAUCAUUCACCAUUUAAAUGAAAUCCUACUUUCUCUGAUACUACAGUCUUCCACCACUCUUCCUUCUGUAGCUCUACGUUCUUUCCACAGACUUCACUUCCCAUAGCUGCAGCCUGUUCAGAGAUGGAGUUUGAUCCAUGCAGAUCAGAGGUGUCGAUGCCUAACACAUGACUUUUGCAUUUGCUUGACUAUUUUGGCCAUAUGUAAGUUACAAGCGGUUUUAAUUAAGCUUGUAAUUACUUCCAAUUACAUAGCUUCUUCUCCCUUUGAAGGAGGAAAGGUGCAGACUGACUAUGGCUUGACUGUAAAAUAUGUUUACAUUAGAAAGACCUUUAUAAAAGUUUUGAGGGGAAAGAAGCAAAUCUGUUAGAAGUUGAUCCAGGAUCUAAAUCUUGCAGUCAAAGAAAAACAUGUCUUGAUUUGAUUUACAGUAUAUUGGUUAAGUUAGAGAUGUCAUCUUUGCCUUACAGCUGUGAACAGAGGCCAGGCCAAAUAGUUCUUCCGUAGCAAUGUUAAUUAACUGAAACAAAUCUCAAAGGCAGGGAUACAUUAGCACUGAAAUCCAGAAAACACAAAUUGCUUCUCAAUCUUGGAACUGUAUGUUUAUCAAGAUUGUAAUUUAAUUUUCUGCAAAUAAAGCCAAACAGUGUUUGUCAUUUUAGUGUGAGAUUAACUGUAAAACUUCAGUUGUAAUGUUAAGAGAUUACAGAACCUUAUAUUAUUAAUAAAAAGAAAAUUGGCCUCAACAA